AUGCCCACUUCCGUAAUGACUGAAAGUGCUCCUCCGGUCGUGUAUCCGGUCGCACACGACGUAGACGCGGCUAAUUCUCUCCCAGACUACAACGAAUCUCAAAAGUUGAACGGUUCCCCCGUCAAGCAGGGUAUGAACAACAAGAACAAGCUGAGCUCCAACUCGGAUUCGAGCUCUAAACCCGACGAUGAGACACUCACAGGUAAUGAUAAAGACCUGAACGAUGAGCGUGAACAAGCUCCUACAAACGACUUUAGAGACAUUGCUGCCAAACUAUACAAUGAAGAAUUUGUGCUGAUUAACCCAGCAGAAUACACGCAGUUUUUGGCUGCCCCCGAUGCCGACAGUGCUCAGAUUCGUGAAUACUACAUGGAUAUGUUUAAGUGGGAUGCCAGCUUGAUGACCUCCACCCGUCGCUUGUGCCUGAAGCUCUACUUGAAAGGAGAGUCGCAGGAGAUUGACCGUAUUCUCUCGGCCUUCACCAAGUCGUACUUGAAACAACACCCCAAGAAUGUGUUUUGCACCCAGGACUUUGAGAAGAUCUACAUUGUGUUGUACAGUUUGAUCUUAUUGAACACUGCCCUCCACAACUCGGAGCUCAAUAAGAAAUCUAAGAUCUCACAAACAGAUUACAUUAAGAAUACUUUAUCCACAUUUCUCCAACAGAACAGGAAGGCUCUGAAGUCAUUGUCCAUCAAACAGAGAAUCCAAAUCGAGCGUGAGCUCAACAUGUACUACGAGGACUUGUCCCACCAUGAGCUUUACUUGAAGAAGGGCGACGACAGCACACCAGCAACCCCUAAAAAACAGUCCAACAAGCGUUACUCGAUAGCAGAAACCAUUCGCUCAAGCUAUUCACAUGCCGACGAGAACCAUCCACAUGAUAAACUGUUGCCUCAGUUGCCAGCUUCACCCCGUGGACCACAGUCUCCCAAUUUCAAUGAUAAUAUCAAUGAGCUCUCUCGCCAGCCUUCCAACGGUUCCAUUUGGUCAGCUGAUGCAGAUGCCAACAGACGUAUGUCACUCACCAUGAAGCGUAUGACUUCAGGUGCCUCGUCAGUAUCGCAGGUGACCGCCACGAACUCCACCUUCUCGCGUCCUAACAAGGACGCAAGAUUCGGAUUCAACCGUGCACUUAUUUCUGAUGCUAAUGCGCAGAGAUCGGCAGCCAAUACCUUACGUAACCAGAGAUCUUAUGACCACAUUCGUCAUGGGAAUCAGCUCACAAGAAGGAAUUCCAGAGCUUCAGUUGCUACCAACAAUUCCUCAGCUAGAAAUGAGGACACAAUCUCGUUGGUGGCUGAUGACACCAACCUCAAUGCUUUGGAAGUUGGAGAUCAUAGAAAAGAACAGUAUCAGUUGGAGGACUUCGACGUUGAUGACUUCCAGGAUAAGUUUGAUUUGAAGUUGGAGUUGCAAGGCUCGCCAUAUUUGAAGGAAGGUUUACUCAAGUUACGUAUCCUCAAUAACGAUCUGGCGGACACUGUUUUGGGCGAGCCACAGGUGGCUUCUUCUGCAGCUCUGACUGCCUCUUUGAAUACGACUCAGAAGCUGGGAUUCAUGUCGUUUUUUAGCAGAUCGUUCUCUAAUAGAGAACCAGUUUCCGACUCUACUGUUGGAACGGGAAAUAAUGGCGUCUUCUCACACAAAUUUACAGAAUACUUCGUGGUGGUUUCCAAAGGAGAGCUUCGUUUGUACUCUUUCGAUCCCAAGGUUAUCAAGAAGCAACAAACGAAGAUGAAGAAACUCCGCAAGUCCAAUGCCUCACUAAUGUAUGAGCAGGAAGAGGAAAGUAAUAUCGGGGAUGGUAACUGGCUUAAGAAUGCUGCAAAUGUUGGUAAUUACAAUUUGUGUUCCACUAUUGCUCAAGUUGAGAAGACUUCACACUCCGGCCCUAAUUCCAGGAUUCACUUCUCUUUGACUUUCCCAAAAGUCACCAAGAAGCAGCCCAAGGUUUUCAUUUUCGAAGCUGGUACAAUGGAAGUUGCACGGGAGUUCAUCAAUACGUGUAACUUCUGGGCCUCCAAGAUCACAGCAAUCCCCACUUUGGAGGAGAGUAUGUCUUCUCUUGAGUACGGUUGGACAAACUUGGAUUCUCUAUUGAAUAUGGGAGAUUCCUUCAAGAAGGCAAAAAAUAUCAGUAAGUGGGAUCAACUUCCGAAAGGAGUCUACCUCAGCAAUUAUGUUAUUGACGAAGAUAUCGAGGAAGGAAGAGAAAACAAUCACGAAGGUAUUCUGAAACAGUUUGUUCAGACAUUGAAGUAUUAUAAUAACUUAAAGGGUUUGUAUAACAACUUCAACCAGGGCAAGACUAAAUUCAUGAAAGGCUUCCGUAAAUAUUCUGGCUGUUCAAAUUACAAGUUGAUCACUUCCAACUACGAAGCCAGACUUGCCGAGUACAAAACUGAGCUCAGCAAGUACAAGAGUUAUUUGGUUCUUCUCGCUUAUGGCUUAAAAUUGAGAUUUGAUGCUGAAGCGGAGGAUAGAGAAGAAGAGAGAAUCGAGGAACUCAGGGCCACCGAUCCAGACUUGAGUGACGAGAAGAUAUUGGAAAUCGUUCAACAGAGAGCACUUGAUGAUGCGGAUGACGAGCUGGAGUUGACCAAGGUCGUGAAGCUUGAGAUUGACAAAUUGGUGACUACAUCCAAUGAGAUGCACCUGAUCUUAAUCAACGACCCGAAAUACGCUCUUACGGAUGCUCCUAGAUCUAUACAUGAGCUUGAGAUGCCAGAGGGCACUUCGUUAGUGAAAUCUCCGAAGACCUUCAGUCUCUCAAACUUCAAAGACAUUGAGAGUAGCCCAAUCAAUCAGUUGUUGAACGCUGAUGGAAAGCAUGUUGCUGUGGACAAUGAACAGGCGUUACAUCAAGCUAAAAAGGAGCUCAUUAUGAGCUUCAGCACCAAUACCAUCAAGGAGGAAGACGAGCCAGAGGAUUUAGAGGACUAG